AGGGCCUGUUUAUAAAUCAUCUCAGUACAACAUUGUAUCUUCGUUUAGUCUGCGCCAAAAAGUUUUCUCUUGUAAAAGCAUGCAGGAAAUUUUCAAGCAUUAUAGAUUGAACAUAUGCAGUUCUUAAAGCAUAAGGCAGUUUGAAUUUAUCAAAAAUGGACGAAUUGGCAAUAAAACCCGAGGCAGUUCCAGAAAUCACAGAACUAUUGAUUAAAAUUGAUGAGUAUAAGAAGGGAAAUGCCGAAUUUGAAAGCUCUUCACUCAAGCUGCAAGAAAAAUUGAAUAUCAUCAAAAAUGAGAAAUGCCAAAUUGAAUCAGACUUCAGAGACUAUAGAUCAGAGGUUGCUCACAUUAUGAGAGAAACAAAGAACAGUUUAUCAGAAAAAACGGCUAUUAUCAAAAUUUUUGGAGAUAAAGUUGAACAGCUUAAAAAUGAAAUUAAAAAUAUAAAAGUAAAAUUGUUCUUAUCUAAAAGUAAAAUUCAAAAUACGAAAAUUGAAAUUGAAAAGAAUAACAAAGUUUCAAGUCAUCAAAUGUGUCAGACAGAAUUCGAAACAAUUGAUAAAGUAGAGUACAAUACGUUAACAGCGAAACAUUCUUCCAGUAUGAAGGAAAAACAAGAAUUGGAUAGAUUGGUGGUAGCCGAAAGAUCACAGAUAAUUAAUUUGAAGGAAUUUAUUAAGAAUGCGACUGAUGCUCAAAGAAAAUUAAACUCUACAAUUUCAAAACUUCGAGAAGAAAGUGAUCGACAGCAGACUUUUAUUAACGAAAGUUUCAUGGAAAUUUGCGAGUUUAUUAAACGAAAAAAGCAAAAACUUGGGCCGACAGAAAGUACUAUUGUACCUGAGCAAAUGAAAUCAGAUUCAAAAUUUCAAAUGCAGAAAGUAGAAACACCAGAAAGCGAGACAAGUGAGUCCCUUAUGGUAAAAGACACAUCGAAGUUCAAGGGACAAAAUAAAAUUGAAACUUCUGCACAGUUUCAUUGCGAUAUGUGUAAGAAAGGUUUCGAAACUAAAGGGAGACUGUAUACUCACAUACAUACAGUCCACGUAGAAGAAACUUCUCCUAACUGGUUUAAAUGUGAUGUUUGUCGCAGACGUUUUAUUUCGAAAGGUAGAAUCUAUAAUCACAUCCACUCUGUUCACUCAAAAAUGCAUCAUAAAUGUGAAAUAUGCAACACUGAAUUCUCAUCGAAAGGAAACUGCCUAUUUCAUAUUCGGACUAAGCAUAAAAAGAAGGAAAUCGAACGGAUUGAGAUGAAGUUAGGCAAAACAUACUCGGUUCGCUAUUCAUACUAGGAUACACUAUGAAGGUAAAAAUUAGAUUAGAGAAGUAAAAUAUCCGAGUUAUUAGCGGACACCCAGUGAUUUUAUUCUUCAGGAAAAUCUUCGGGAUUUAUUCGAAAAAUGCGAUUUUUAUGCUGAUUUGCGCAAAACACAACUGAAAACAGUUAUGCGUUGAAAAUAAUUUUCUGAGCAAAGAAUACGAUUUUUAGCCACAUUGUCAAAUAUGAU